ACGGCGGGGGGCAGCACCUCACAGUGCGGACUCCGCAGAGCUAGCGAGCGAGCGACGGGGCGGACGCGAGCGGGGGAGCCAUGUUGAUGCCCGGCUGUGCGUCUCUUCGGGUUUGGGCUGAAGGACCGCGGCGGGGAGGAGGAGAGGGCUGCGAGCCAGCCUGGUGAUUGGAGCGACCGGGGGCGGUGCGACUAUUGGACCCCGGACAUUGAGUCAAAAGCGACGUGAGGUUGCUGCUAGUUAGGCCCGCUAGCUAGCAACCCGCCAACAUAACCGCCCUUCCUCGGUUGCUUUCCACCAACUAACAGCAUUCGUCCGACGAGGGAGCGUGUGUGACGGUGACAAGAAGCAAGACGAGCCCCGGGAAGAGGAAACGUCCCUCCCCGGAGCUAGCCUAGCCUAGCCGCUGUUAGCAUGUGAGCUUCGCCAUCCUCGCCGCCUUCUUCUUCUUCCUCCUCCUCCUCCGAGUCACGACCGUCAUUUCGAGGGUUGAAACUUCACAGUGUGGCGGCCCCGGACGGGCGCUUUGUUCCCCCCCACCACCACAGCGCCAAUGUAGCCCGCCUCCCCCCCUUGAAAGUGGAUAGUUAUGGAGAUACAUUGCGUCUCGAUUGGAUGCGCCUGGCUAGCGAGCUAGGCUAGGACAAGUUUUCCUCGUCUCGUCGCGAGAGAGAGCGAGAGGCCGGGCGGACUAACUCCUCUUCCCUCUCGUCGUCGUCGUCGUCGUCGCCCCCCCCCCCCCGACUGAAGCGACAAGCUGGCGGCCUCCCAAGUGGAAGCCGAGGACAAGGAGCUGGAGCCCAUGGCCUGGGUGCUCAAGAUCGACGACGCCACCAUCGAGUCGGGGCUGGUGCACGACUUCGACGCCAGCCUGUCGGGCAUCGGCCAGGAGCUGGGGGCUGCAGCCUACAGCAUGAGUGACGUGCUGGCCCUGCCCAUCUUCAAGCAGGAGGACUCCAGCCUCCCCCCGGAGAGCGAGAGCAAGAACCUGCCGUUCCAGUACGUGCUGUGCGCCGCCACUUCGCCCGCCGUCAAGCUGCACGACGAGACGCUCACGUACCUCAACCAAGGCCAGUCUUACGAGGUGCGCAUGUUGGACAACAGGAAGCCCGACGAGUUACCAGAACUCACCAACAAGAUGGUGAAGAGCACAGUGCGCGUGGUGUUUCACGACCGGCGGCUUCAGUACACGGAGCACCAGCAGCUGGAGGGGUGGAAGUGGAAUCGCCCCGGCGACCGUUUACUGGAUAUCGAUAUUCCCAUGUCGGUGGGCAUCGUGGAGCCCAAGACGCACCCCUCCCAGCUCAACGCCGCCGAGUUCCUGUGGGACUUGAACAAGAGGGCGUCCGUCUUUGUGCAGGUUCACUGCAUCAGCACCGAGUUCACGCCGCGGAAGCACGGCGGCGAGAAGGGCGUCCCCUUCCGGAUCCAGAUCGACACGUUCGCGCCGGGCGACGCCGGCGACUACGCCGAGCACCUGCACUCGGCCUCCUGCCAAAUCAAAGUUUUCAAGCCAAAAGGGGCGGAUCGCAAGCAGAAGACGGAUCGUGAGAAGAUGGAGAAGCGCAGCGCUCAGGAGAAGGAGAAAUACCGGCCGUCCUACGACACCACCAUCCUGUCCGAGACCAGACUGGAGCCCGUCAUCGAGGAAGCGGGCGACCACGAGCUGAAGAAGUCCAGCAAGCGGACGCUCCCGGCCGACUGCGGCGACUCCCUGGCCAAGCGAGGCAGCUGUUCCCCGUGGCCGGACAGCGCCUACGUGGCCCCCAACCAGGCAGCUUCUCCCUCCUUCACGUCCACGCCGCUCUCCACCUACGCCGCCGCCGGCGCCACCGCCUCCGCCUCCGCCGGCGCCUCGCUACCCGACAGCGACUCGUCCUCGCCCAAUCACCAGGCGGAACCUGGCGGCCACGCCGGCACGGAGCAGUUGAGUCCCGCCGCGUCCAUUCAGGACACCCAAAAAUGGCUGCUAAAAAACCGAUUCAACUCGUACACGCGACUCUUCACGCACUUCUCAGGUUCUGAUUUGUUAAAGUUAACCCGGGACGACCUGGUCCAGAUUUGCGGCCCUGCGGACGGAAUCCGACUCUUCAACGCCCUCAAAUCAAAGUGCGUGAGUCCCCGCUUGACUGUGUACGUGUGCCAGGAGUCCCCUCAGCACAGCCCCCUGCUGGAGAGACACGGCACCAGCGAAAAUGGCGAACGGGGCGUGUCGCCCGGUUUACACGUGUACCACGCCCUGUACUUGGAGGAGCUGACGGCGGCCGAGCUGAUCCGCAAGAUGGCCGGCGUGUGCGGCCUCCCGCUGGCCGGCGUCAACCAGGUGUACAGACAAGGACCCACCGGCAUACACAUCCUGCUCAGCGACCAGAUGGUGUACAACUUGACGGACGAGAGCUGCUUCGUCAUCGGCACCGUCAAAGACGAGCAGGGCGAAGGGCUCCAUCUCAUCCUAAAGUAGGCCGGGACCGUCGCCAUCCGUUCUCCCCCGCCCACGUCAGCGUCCGUCUCUGCCUGCUCUUUCCUUUUGCCCCCCGGCCCCUCCUCCCUGCUCUCGAUCGGAUGGACGACGAAGAGAAGCGUGUACAAAUGUUAGAAUCUGACAAUGCGGGGGAUGUGUCCACUGUUUCAUAUUGAAAACACAGGAAGAGGAUAGAGGUGCUGACUGGAGAGAUUUUUUUUUAAAACAUUUUUUAAUGUAUUUCAAGCAACUAGGCCAGUAUCGGACGCCAUUUUGCUCGCCAUCUUGAGUGAAACGCGAGAGGAGGGGGGAGGGUUUCGUCUUAAUGUUAUCGACCAGCUAUGCUCAGCAAACCGAAUCUGUGGACGUCAUUCAUUUUUCUUUUUGUCAUCUCGCUGCCUGUUACCCCCCGCCUUCUAGUUGCUUUUGUGUUCCUCAAAAACGCUCGAUUUCGACCAGCCCGAUGCCCUAAAAAGGACCAAAAACUUUUUGAGUGUUCCUUUGUUUGUUUGUGUGCACAAGUAGCUCGUCAGCGGCAACCUUGGGACAUCACGGCAGCUCCACGUCCAACCGCGGAAUCUUGUCCUUUGUUUUUCUUUUGUUUUUUUUUCAUGUUGAGCAACAGAGCGAGCGAGUGCGAGGUGUUCAGCUCAAAAAUACCACAAAUGUUUGGGCCACACUGACAAGAAAACACAAGUAAUAUUACGAGAAUUAGGAUUGGCGUGGGGGGGGGGGGGGGGUCUUUAAUGUAUCUUUUUGAGGAGGAAAAAGGUUUUGCCGUAAGUCAAGUCAUAUUUUUUUUCUUUGAGGGGACAAAAGGUCCAAUUUUCAUUCGUCUUCAUUCUCAAUUAUUACAUUUUUUCCCCAAAAAUAUUUUUCUCUAACAUGUAUCCUUAAUUUGUGGAAAAGAAAGUUUGAUCUUGGAAAAAUACAUUGACUAUGUAUUUGCCCAAUAAACAUCAGAAUUUUGUUUUGAUCAAAAUGCUACAAAGAUUUGACUUUUUCCAUUGUACCUUUUUUUUGGGGGGGGGGGGGGGCGACUUUAUUUUUUUUUAUUCUUUUUUUUUUUUUUUUUUUUAAAGAAAAACAAGUACAACUCUGAUUUGAGUCUUAAAUCAAAAAUAAACUUUCUCAAAAGAUGACUUUUUCCACAAAUGUGAGAUAUUUUCAUAGGGGAAAAAAAGUAAUUUUGUUUUCAUAAACACAUUUUGUUUCAGAAAAAUGUGAACUUUAUUCUCAUAUUAUUAAGACGUUUUUAUCUCAUAAGAAGUUAUUGGGGGGAAAUAACUGCCCCCCCUCCCCCCAAAAAAAGCACCUUUAUUUUCAGGAUUCCAAAAUUGUAUCUUCAUAAAAUGCCUUUUUUUUUUUUGAAAAUAAAUAGUCCAGUUUUGCCUCAAAAUAUAUACUUUCUGUUGGACAUUCUUGAAAAAACAAUUGGGUGCAUUCCCUUAGUAUAAUACAUUUUCUUUUUCAGUGUGCGCCUCAAACUCCUUCGAACCCAAAAAAAAAACAAAAAAACCCAGGCACAUCCUGUGUAGUUUUUAGUGGAGCGUCUUAAAGGCGGCUUGUGCCUCUUGAAAGGUGUGAAUGUGCAUGUUGGUUUUUGCCGUUCUGAUCAUAGAUUCGUGGCUAUGACGAACAUGUUGCACGUGGAAGUCGGGGAAGACGUCAAACGUCGUCCCGUCCCGUCCCGUCUUGUCCUGUCCUACUUUUUGGAGAUGAGACCAAGCCUGCACUGAAAAUUCAUAAACUUGUGUGCGUGUGUGUAGUCGGUAGUCAUUCAUCUACACCCUCCUCCUCCCCCUCCUCUUAUCCGCCACACAACACAGUAAAAAUCUAUCAAAAUAAUGAGCGGAGGGCGGUGUUUGUGUGCCCAAGCGAGCGAGGUAACCACUCUUCAUGUGACGGAUUCUGCUUGUGGCGUGCACGCACGCGCGGGCGCUUCGCUGGAGACGCUGUCGAAGCGCACGCGUGCUGCGAAUAAAUGAUUUCAGAACUUU